AUGUUCAAAAAAAUUAAACCAAAUUUUACAGUUCAAAAAAAUUUUAACAUAUUGUGUAACUGCAUGAAAAUUUUAGGAACUUGGCCAGUGCAUCGAAGACAUAAUAAGAUUUUUACUUGUUUGAAUCACAGUUUGUGGUGGUUUUAUGUGGUGAAUCAUAUGAUGCUUUUAUUACCGACAAUGCAAACGUUUUACAAUACUACUAAAGAUAUAAUAUCAGCUUCGUACUCUUUAAUUGAAAUAACCGGCAUUGUUGAAUCCAUGGUUAUCUUGAUUACCUUUAAACUUCAAGGAUCUCGCAUACAACUACUCCUCCAAAUUAUAAAAAAUCAAAUUGUUGUAAAAAAACCAAAACCUGCCUUAAAUAAUAGGAAUGUUCAUGCCAGUGUCUUUGCGAUUAUCGCUGUUUUGUAUGUGAUUGUAGUGUACAUGUACAUUCAUAAACCAGCAACAUUGAUUAAUAAGGGCUUCAUUAUGACGACAUGUUACGCAUUUCCGACAGAAGACAUAAGGACUAAAAUUGCUAUAUACUGCAAUCAACUAAUUGCUUUAAUGCAUACGUCCGUCGUAUUGGUUACCGAUGGUGUUGCUGUGCUUUUCAUCUAUACAUGUGCAAUAAAACUCAAAACUUUGGAAAUAAGACUUAAAAAAGCACCAGAUUGGACGAAACUAAAGUAUGAUAUAGCUGAACAUCAAACAAUCUUAUUAGUAAUCGAAGAAACGAAUUCAUUAGCUGGAGUUCUAGUAGUAAAAACCGUCAUUUGUUUUAUGUGUUACAGUAUAAGCGCAGGAGUACAAAUAAUUAAUCAACAUGUUGUAACAGCACAAAUGUUGCAUCAGUUCAUCAUUAUCGCGAUAGUUUAUUUAAGAAUUUAUAUAUGUGCAGAAACGGCGGAAAUGUUAUUAACAGUUAAUGGCGACAUGCUAUUUACUGUAUAUAGCAUUGCAUUUAGUACUCCAAAUAUUGUCAAAGUAAAGAGUCUGAUAAUUAUGAGAUGCCAAAAAGUACCUAAGAUAUAUGUCAACGGAUUAAUGGCUGCACUCAACAGGGCCUAUUUAAGAAGUAUUUCAUAUGCAACAUUUUCAUACUUUAUGACGAUUCGGGCCAUUGUAAGCAAAUAA